AUGAAUAGCAAGUUAGACAGCGUGCUGCUGGCCCAGAAGAAGUUCAUCUACCAAUACAAAAACCUGCGGUGGGCGCGCGGUCGAUGUGAGACUUAUCUUUGCUUUGUGGUGAAGAGAAGGAUCGGACCAGACUCACUCUCCUUUGAUUUCGGGCACAUGCGCAACCGCUCGGGGUGUCAUGUGGAGCUUCUGUUCCUGAGGCACCUAGGUGCGUUGUGCCCGGGCCUGUGGGACUCCGGUCCUGGUGGGGUGAGGCUGUGCUACUCCAUCACCUGGUUCUGCUCCUGGUCGCCGUGCUCCGACUGCGCUCGCCGCUUGGCCAGCUUCCUGUCCCGGAUGCCCAACUUGCGCCUUCGCCUCUUCAUGGCGCGGCUGUACUUCUGUGACCACGAGGACAGCAGGGAGAGGGAGGGCCUCCGCCUCCUCACGAGGGCGGGGGUCAAGAUGUCCAUCAUGGCCUACAAAGAUUAUUUCUACUGUUGGCAGACAUUUGUAGCUCGCCGGACGACUGGAUUUAAGGCCUGGGAUGGACUCCAACAGAACUCUGUGAGGCUGUCCAAACUGCUCGACCGCAUCCUCCUGCCCACUGAGACUGAAGACUUGAAGGAUGCAUUUACACUGAUCGGACUGUGACACUCCUCCUCUGCCACAUGGAUU